UAACACCAUCUGAUAAAGAGUCAAAGACUUAUGCCACUGAUUUUGCGAAAUGGGAGCGAGAAAACGGAAAAAUCUUGACUUGGUUUCACAAUUCUUCAGAAUCAAGUAUUGGUAUGAAUUUCUCAAAGUAUGAAACUGCCAAGGAUGUUUGGGAGUAUUUGAAAAAUAUGUAUUUUGAGUCCAAUUUCGCAAAAGAGUAUGAACUUGAGUUAUCAAUCCGUAAUGCUAGUCAAGGUGAUAAAUCUAUUCAAGAGUUCUAUAAUGAUAUGACUGGUUUUUGGGAUCAGUUAGCUCUUAUGGAACCAUCUGAUCUGCAACUACUUGAUAGUUAUGUGAAGUAUCGUGAGAAAAAGCGUCUUGUUCAGUUUCUCAUGGCUCUUCGGUCUCAGUUUGAGCCUCUACGUGGGGCUAUUCUGCAUCGAUCUCCGUUGCCCUCAGUUGAUGGGGCUGUUCAUGAGCUCAUAGCUGAGGAGACACGGUUCAAAGUGGCGAAUCUAUCUCCUUCGUCACAAUCUGUUUUUGUCACUCGAUCUUCUCCGCCAGUACAACACUUGGCACCCCUCUUGCCCAUUCCAGCAUCCCAUCAGACUCAGGUUUCAGGCCGACCUCGCAUUCCUGUUGAUGAGUGCGGUUAUUGUCAUCAGAAAGGUCAUUGGAAACACGCAUGCCCUAAGCGUGUUCAGCAAACUCAGGGUCGACAUAAUUCUCAUACUGGUGGCUCCUCUGUUCCCAGGGCAUCUCAACCGCACUAUCGCCCUUCUGCAGCCGUGGCAGCACCCACCUCUGAAGCCAUACCUUCUUCUCAUAUGCUAGAGCAAUUUCAGCAGUAUAAGGCUUUCAUGGAAGCUAUUCAGGGAGGAUCUUCCCAAGCUUCUGCCAUGUCCUCUAUUCACUCAGGUUUGCAUGGCUCCAAUGUCACAGGAUCGGGAAUCCAAGAAGCAGAUUGGGACCGGCCGUAGAGUUAGUGACCUCUAUAUCCUGGAAUCCUUGCACCUCCCACUGAAGUCUUCCCCUAUUGCUGCUUCGUCUUUCCGUUUAGACCACACAUCUUCCCCUUUUUAUCUUUGGCAUUCUCGAUUAGGACAUUUGUCUAGUGAGCGUCUUAAGCUUUUAGCUCAAUCAGGUCAUUUGGGUAACCUUUCUGUUGGUGAC